AGUCACAUAUUGAACCUUAAACUUUAUACAUCAAUGUCAAAAUUAUCUGUGGAUAAACUGUCAAACUAGAUAACUUGACGUGGUGUAUUGAAAAAUACCAUCUUUGGUUUAUUUCAUUAAAUAGUAUAUGGAAAUUGUGCCUAUAGAAGAUUGUUAUAUCAAAUAAAAUUCACAUUUAAGCAUUACCAAUUAAAAAUGACGUAUGUGACUGGUGGUCAAGUUCAGCAAAAUCCUCCCUUGUUUACACGAAUAUCAAAGAUAUUUGAUGGUGUCAUUAACUUCAUCAUUAAUUUUUUUGUUACACUGAUUCCAAUUGAUUACAACAGCCAAAGCAGUUCUAGUGGCUCUAGCUCUUACAGGGGAAGUGGUAGUUCCCUGGGUCGCGGUGGCGGUGGAGGAGGGGGUUGGGGUAGUGGAAGACCAUUUGGACCUGGGGGUGGUGGUGGCAAUGGUGGAGCCAGAUUCAGAACUAUGAGAGACAUAAACCCUCCCACAGUUGGUGGUUGUCCUGGAGGAUCUUGUGGUAUGUGAGGUGAAUAUUUGAUUCCAGUGAAGACAACAUACUUCACUAAAAAUUCCAUUAUGUUUAUUGUAUAUUUGAAAUAUCUAAUUCUAGUACUAUAUUUUAUUUAAUAUAUUCUAGUUUAAUAUAAGCAAUUUAAUAUAUGUUAUACUUAUUUCUUUUGGUGUUGAAAAAAUUAUAAUAAAUGUUUAAAUAAUUUUAAUUCAUUAAUGAUUUGAAAUUUCUCAAUAAACAAUGGUUUUACAUCAGUUUCAACAGAAAUUAUUCUUGUUGCUAUUGGUUAUUACUGGGUCAGUACACAUCUUUUAGUUCCCAAUCUUCCAUAUUUUGUGCAUCAUCAGCACUACCAUUGCUUCAAGAGAGCUGAAGAUUUUUGUAAGUUUUUUAUUUCAAACAAAAUGGAACUGCACAACACUAAGGCAUGCUCGAUAUUUUCUUCAACUGCAUUGUUAGGAAAUUAUAUUUAAACUAUUUCCACAAAUGUGACAUCUUAUUUUUAGAGCUAUAUUACUUGUCAAUUGGGGAACAUGAAAACGGAAGCCCAUAUUGAAAUCACAUUGAAUGGUUAGAGCCAGCUAGCAUCAAUUUUUGCAAAAUGUGAAAACAUUUUAACAAGUGAAGACCAUUUAUUGUUACAAUAUGACUUAGUUUGCUUGGGCUUGAGCCAUUGAGAAGGUUGUCUGAUUUUGUUUGCAGUUGUUGGGUUAGCUUCUCAUGUGAAAAGUUCCUUUUUCUAUAGCAACCAAUUGAGGCUUCACUGGUAUCUGAGACAUUUUCACUUUUCUUGCCAAUGAAAUAAAAUAUGUUUAAAAAUAUAAUGAAUUAAUAAUAAACAUUUGUUUAAGAAAUAUAAA